AAAUAGUUCUACCUAACGUGUCAUCAAGGAUUCUUACCGCGUACAUAAGCCACUGUGCGCCAUACCAGAGAUGGUAAACAUUCGACUGAUGCAUGUUUACAUGAUUGCAUUCUUCACCAUGCAAUUCGCAAACAUACUGCUUGCUCUCCAUGUAUCACCGAUGUCUGAUCAAGUGAUAGGCAGGUUGAUUACCGGCCGAUCCCCCAACAACCCAGCGUUCUCUUCGGCAUGUUCCAACUGCCCGUUAGCUAGCUGAACAUUGUUGGGCGAAUGAUAUCACAACGCUGCCUCGAGUAACCAUGCCGCAUGAGAGAAUUCCGCGCCCGAGCUCGUGUUUUUCGCUCCCCUUGUUCGUGCGACGUUCCGCAUUUCUGAUGGACAAGCUGUUAUGAUUAUGUGGAGCACGCAAAUAGUGCUUGGCCGCUCAGCCCCGGUGUCCAGACUCGAGAAAACUCGCUCACCAGGUAGGUAGGUAGGCUCAUUGAAUGAUAGCCGAACCGAGCCAAGAUUCAGAUGUGUAUGCACCAUCGGGAAAUCACAGGCCCAGCCAAGCAUUCCCUGGCGCCCUGGCUCUGUCGAUGCAUGCCAGGUCACAGCUUGGGAGCCGCCGCCACAAAUACCCACCGGAAUUUGCCAUGCUCAAUACAAUCCAUAGCAGCCUAGCCAGACAGGUUAGAUUCCCCGUUCAAGCCGUUCAGGAAAUCUCCGAGAUCGAUCAUGCUUUACUCAGAUCCGAGAUCCGGCGCUGCCAAAAGCUGCUACGUUCAGCUCCAAAUAAGGCUAUUCCGUC